UAUGGAAGAUAAUUAAUGUUUAGCUUCUCUCUUUGCUGAAAUCUUAUAAAUUGUCAAGCCCUAAUCAGCUGACAUGUAACAGUUUAAAGAAGUCUCUAAUGAAAGAUUAAGAAAAUGUAUUCUUGAAUUAGUUCGAGAACUCGCAACUCUUAUGUAGAAUCUUAAGGAAUAGUUAGAAGAAUUCAUUGACAAUAAAUAUGAAUAAGAGAUCCAAAGACUCGAAAAUACAAUUCGAUAACAUAUAAGAGUAGAAUAAUAAUAAAGAUUACAUAUAGAAGCACUCACUUAAAAACUAGAAGAAGAAUAGUAGUAAUAUGUAGUAGAAGUCAAAAAUUAAAAUGAAAAAAUUAAGUAAUUAGAAAAUGUCUGUUCGUAAAUAUCAAUAAAUAAAGUCUAAAAUCUGAAUUAAACUAAUUUUAUUAUAGAUCCUAAUAAGAAAUCACCAACAGCUUAUGAUAGAUUGAAUAAAUUGGUAAGUGCCAAAACUAAAUAAUAUACUUAAUCUUCAUCAACUAUCAAUUCAUAAUAGUUAUUAAAAAUUUAUUCAAAUCCACAACAAUUAUUUAAAAAAAUGCAAGAUAUUAAAAAUAUUGAAUAAAUCAGAGUUGAUACACAAUAGUCUGAUAAGGAAUAAAGUUUAUUGAAGCUAAGAAGAUGUGUGGAAGAUAAUUAAAGUGGAAUGUUUCAAUCUUAGAGAAUAGAAUCCAUUAGUCUGGAAAAAUAUAAUAGAAAUUAAAAACUGAUGAGAAAUUCUAUGAGAUAAUCAUAUAUUAUGGGAAAUAGUUUUGAUCUUGUUUCGAAGACAAUGUAAAAUUACAAGAAGUAGUAAAAAAGUAUUAGUACUUUAAGAUAAUCAUGGAAGAAAUGA